GAAAGCCGCGCUAAUGCCGGCUGCGACUUCUGCAGCGAAUGAAUGCCGCGGCGCGACAGUUUAGAGUUCCGCGUCCACAAUAGACUGUAUAGAAGUCGUCGGACAACGUAAACUUCGUAAACUUAGUGAAUUCUCUGGAGAAGAGUGUCUCGUCUCCGCGCCGGCCUCUUUUUACACAUACACCUAUAACUGGGCCGAUUUUAUUAUGCGUAAAUACGAACUCCAAAAUAAAUCAUAACCUCUACAGGUAAUGAGUUGACCGAGUUUCAAUAUAUGACGAACGUUUCAUUGUUGUGAAAAGGCUGUUGUUUAAUUGUGACCUUUGAGAUAACGAGAGAAAUCCAUCGAAUUAAGUCAGCAUCAUGUCGAAUAUGCUCUAUGGAGGAGACGAAAUCGGUGCCCUUGUUUUUGACUUGGGCCACCAUUCGUUACGUGUUGGAUAUGCUCAAGAGGACACUCCAAAAGCAGAGAUUCCAGCAGUUGUGGGUAUAGGGGAAGAUGCGAAUUGUAACGCAGCAAGGAUAGAGCCGAUGGAUAUAGAUGAUAAGAAACCGGACAACAACAUAACGCAGACUACUCCAAAAUACUAUAUUGAUACGACAAUUUUGCAUGUACCGCGUAAAGGAAUGGAAGUAGCUAGUUACAUGAAGGAUGGAAUGAUAGAAGAUUGGGAUCACUUUGAAAAGGUUUUGGAUUACACAUACUCAAAAGUCAUUCAGUCCGAUGCCGAAUAUCAUCCAGUAUUAUUUUCUGAGUCUCCUUGGAACGUUAGAACUAAGAGGGAAAAGCUGACAGAGUUGAUGUUUGAAAAGUAUAAUGUUCCAGCGUACUUUCUUGUGAAAAAUGCUGUACUUGCAGCCUUCGCAAAUGGUAGGGCAACUGGUAUUGUAGUUGACAGUGGAGCAACGCACACAUCAGCCAUACCUGUUCAAGAUGGAUUUGUUCUGACACAAGCUAUCGUGAAAUCUCCACUUGGUGGAGAUUACAUCUCCAUGCAGUGUCGACAAUUAUUGCAAGAAAAUGACAUCGAUCUUUCCCCAGCAUACAUGAUUGGAAGUAAAGAAGUAGUGAAAGAUCACGAUAAACCUAGAUGGGUGAAAAAGAAAAAUCUUCCAGAGGUCACAAAAUCAUGGCACAACUACAUGGUGAAAAAGCUUGUGCAGGACUUCCAAGCAACUUGUUUACAAGUCUCUGAAAGUCCUUAUGAUGAGAAGGGAGUUUCAACUAUACCAGCAGUUCCUUAUGAAUUUCCUACUGGUUAUAGACAAGAUUUUGGAUGUGAAAGAUUUAGAAUACCAGAAGCUUUAUUCGACCCUAGUAUGGUGCAGAUGCGCGGCGGUAUGGUUGGAAAUACAAUGCUUGGUGUUGGCCACAUAGUCACAACAAGUGUGGGCAUGUGUGAUGUGGAUGUGAGACCUGCUCUUUAUGGCAGUGUAGUCGUGACUGGUGGCAAUUCUUUUAUCCAGGGAUUCCCCGAACGUCUAAACAGAGAUCUAUCAAUGAGGAUACCAUCUAGUAUGAGGCUCAAGAUGAUAAGCGCCAAUGGAUGCGCAGAACGAAGAUUUGGAUCUUGGAUUGGUGGAUCUAUUUUAGCAUCGAUUGGAACGUUCCAACAAAUGUGGAUAUCAAGCCAAGAGUACGAAGAAAGUGGCAAGAGUCAAGUGGAAAGAAAGUGUCCAUGAAUACUGUAUGACUUAUAAACGCGAAUUAAAUUUAUCGAAACAAUAGCGGUUCGUUGUGCGCGAUUUCUUGUGGAUUAUGACUGAAAAACUUAUAUUAAGUGUGUGAUUAUAUUAUUAUCGUUUCGGUUUGAUUACACAAUACAAAAGUACAAAGGUUUUAUAACAAUUUCUUCAUUUUCACAAACUCAAAUUAUAUUUUGUAUCGUUAUCUAUAGUACAAAAGACUAUGGAUAUAAAAAAAAACUUAAAAUUUUAUUUUACGACUCAUUAAAAAGAUUAUACUGAAUUCA